CUUUUCCUGUUAUUUUUUUAUGAUGUCACCUAAAAAAAGUCAUUGUAAUGUGGAGAAUAUUGUUAAAUACGUCUUCAGUAGCCCUACCUAAGUUACCCGCUUAGCCUGGUUUCAGAGUUUCAGUGUCUUGAGGGGUGUUUUUAAAAUACUUGGGAGAUUUCUGCUUUGAUAGCAACAUCAGUAGUUGUUUUUAUUGCUUUAAUUAUGAUCAUGGAAAUAGCACAUGCCUAUUUUCAUGUUCUAAACCAUAUAGAACUGUAUACACUAAAAAGUGAAAUCUUCAGCUCCACUACCACCUCCAAAAAAUUCCUACUUCCCAGAGGUAGCUACUGUUAACAGUUAAUGUAGCUCACUUUUCAGACUUUUUCAUGGUGUCCAGUAUAUUUUCUAUAUUAUUUAUUACACAUUUUCUAAAAUUUUGACAUUUCAAUGAUUUGUAUGUAUGUUAAUGAAAUCUGUAGAUUGAAGGUUUUUUUCUUGCUACUCUACUAAUUUUUGUGUUCUUUGUUUUCUAAAAGACUCCACAGGGAUCAUUCUCCAAAUCUGAUAUUCCAUCCUCAGAAAGUACAGAGUUACCUGUGGACUGGAGUAUUAAAACUCGACUCCUUUUCACCUCUUCUCAACCCUUUACCUGGGCAGAUCAUUUGAAAGCACAGGAAGAGGCUCAGGGUGUUAUCCAGCACUGCAGAGCAACAGAAGUUACUCUGCCUCAAAGUAUACAGGACCCCAAGCUCUGCACUGAGCUGCGAUGUGCUUUCCAGCAGAGCCUCAUUUACUGGCUCCACCCCGCCUUUGCCUGGCUCUCCCUCUUCCCUCGGAUCGGAGCGGAUCGGAAAAUGUCUGCAAACACAAGCCCUUGGUCAAAUGAUGAAACCCUGCAACAUGCUUUAAUGAGUGACUGGUCUGUGAGCUUCACUUCUCUAUAUAAUCUACUGAAGACAAAACUUUGCCCCUAUUUCUACGUUUGUACCUAUCAAUUUACUAUCCUGUUCCGUGCAGCAGGAUUAGCAGGAAAUGAUGUAAUCACAGCACUCAUAUCUCCUACAACUAGAGGUAUAAGAGAAGCUAUGAAAAAUGAAGGUAUUGAAUUUUCUCUGCCUUUAAUAAAAGAAAACGGCCAUGAGAAGAAGAAAGCAUCUGGAACAAGCUCGGGACAUGGGGAGGAGCAAGCGGUGAGUGAUGAAGAUGAAGAAGAAAGCUUUUCCUGGCUGGAGGAGAUGGGCGUGCGAGACAAGAUUAAGAAACCGGACACAUUCUCCAUCAAGCUGCGCAAAGAGAAACAUGAAGUACAAAUGGAUCACAGACCUGAGUCUGUUGUGUUGGUGAAGGGAACAAACACUUUUACAUUGCUAAAUUUUUUGAUCAACUGUAAGAGUUUAGUGGCUACUUCAGGUCCACAGGCAGGACUUCCACCAACCCUCUUAUCCCCGACAGCUUUCCGAGGUGCCACAAUGCAAAUGCUUAAGGCACGAAGUGUAAAUGUGAAGACACAAGCUGUUUCUGGAUACAGAGAUCAAUUUAGUUUGGAGAUCACAGGUCCUGUCAUGCCUCAUUCUCUACAUUCUGUGACCAUGCUACUCAAGUCUUCACAGAGCGGCUCGUUUUCUGCAGGACUGUAUACACACGAGCCGACCUCUGUGUUUAACAUCUGCCCACCAGGGGAUCAAGUACUGGGUCAGGACACUGUUCGUGAGGAGCUUGCUAACUGUGGAUUGCACCCCAAGACUCUGGACCAGCUCAGUCAAACACCAGUGCUGGGGAAGUCAUCCUUACGGAAUGUGGAAAUGAGUGACUACAUUUAUAGCUGGAGAUCCUGAACACCAAAGUAAGCCUAAAAGGAAUCUGAGGAAAAAAGCCUCGGGCAAGGAAAUUCAAGAUUCUUAUACCUUUGGCUUUAAACUUCAUUUUGGAAGUUAAAAGGAAUAGAACUUUUAAGAUAUUCAGAUGUUUAUAAACAUUAACCUUUAACGUUUAUUACAUGCACUAAGGAGUAGCGUUAAGAUUUUAAAUCAACAUUUUCUGGUUUUACCAUUUUUUGAUUAGACAUUCAGAUAUGAAAUGUCAAACUUUUAAAAACCUUAAAUAACUUGAAUGAGAGCUCUAGAUCCCUAUAACCUAAUUACAACUGAAUAGGAAACUGGAUCAGUAUCAGGGUUUCCUUUCAAAUGGGAAAUUGAGGCUAACACGUCAAGUAACUCAUGGCAUCCGGGCAAAACUGUAUUUAACGAUUUACCUAGGAUGACACGCAAGUUCUAGCUUGUAAAGGUAGAAACCAAACGUAGACAGUAUCUACUGCACCGAUUGUUGAUGCGUAGUUGACCGUAGUUGCUUUCUUACUGAUUUAUAAUUAUUCUAUUCUCAAAUACGUGUGUGUAUGUAUUUAAUUCAUGUUCAUUCCGUUAAGGGUAUUUUGUAUUCCAUGUAGAACAGAUUAGUGUUGAGUUGUAAAAUGUGCUCAGCUGUCAUGGCAAAGUAGUAUUUAAUAUGCUUUUAGGGUGUGUGUGUGUGUGUGUGCGUAGUGCAAAUCUUCUUAAAUAAAAGUGCUUAGAAAUCAAAA